CCUGCGUCCACUGAGUCUGGAGCAGAAAUGCAGGAGAUCCUGAGGCAGCGACGGAGAAAAGAAAUGGAGACACCGAGGCAGAGAGAUCAGGAGACUUUCACACAGGGAAAGUCAGAGACAGAUCCAGAAACGAGCGGCCCUACAGGGCCCAGAGGCGAUCCGGGGAGGGAGAGGCAUCCGGGCGCAGACCCGGGCAGAGUAGAGGAACCGCGAGGCGUAGGGUCUCGGCGCGCGGGCGCGGGAGUCGGUCCCCAGCUGGGCCCGGGCGGCCGCACUCGCUGGGCGCCCCCUCCCGGGCUGCUCGCCCAAGAUGGCGAUGGAGGGGCGGGAGAGGAGGCAGCAGCCCCGGCCCCCGCGCCGGCCCCAGCUCGGGCCCGGGCCCCCGAGGCCGCGCCUCCCCGGGCCACUGACGCCCAGCGCGCCCUCCCCCCGCGGCGGCGGCCGAGGCGCUGGGAGGCGGCAGCGGCGGCGGCCGGAGCCCGGCCCCAUGGCGCGGGGGAACGCUCGCCGCGGCCGCGGGCUCGUCGCGCUGACCUUCUGCCUGCUGGCCGCGCGCGGGGAGCUGCUGUCACCCCAGGAGACAACUGUAGAGCUGAGCUGUGGAGUGGGGCCACUGCAAGUGAUCCUGGCCUCGGAGCAGACUGUGGUGCUGCACUGUAGCCUGGGGGCUGCUGCCCCUGGACCCCCCACCAGGGUGACGUGGAGCAAGGAUGGGGACAGCCUGCUGGAACAUGACAACCUACACCUGCUACCCAACGGCUCCCUGUGGUUGUCUCAGCCAUGGGCACCUGAUGAUAGCAAGGAGGCAGUCCCUGCGGCCAUGGGGGUCAUUGAAGGCAGCUAUUCCUGCCUGGCCCAUGGCCCUCUCGGAGUGGUGGCCAGCCAGACCGCUGUGGUCAAGCUCGCCACACUCGCAGACUUCUCUCUGCACCCGGAGGCGCAGACGGUAGAGGAGAAUGGGACAGCACGCUUUGAGUGCCACAUUGAAGGGCUGCCAGCCCCUACCAUUACUUGGGAGAAGAACCAGGUGACGUUGUCUGAGGAGCCUCGGCUCAUCACUCUUUCCAAUGGCGUCCUUCAGAUCCUGGAUGUUCAGGAGAGUGACAGGGGCUUCUACCGCUGCGUGGCCACCAACUCAGCCCGCCAGCGCUUCAGCCAAGAGGCCCUCCUCAGCGUGGCCCGCAGAGGGUCCCUGGCAUCCACCAGAGGACAAGACGUGGUCAUCGUGGCAGCCCCAGAGAACACCACCGUGGUGUCAGGCCAGAGCGUGGUGAUGGAAUGUGUGGCCUCAGCUGACCCCACUCCUUUAGUGUCCUGGGUCCGACAGGGAAGUGACUUGUCUCAAAUUGAUGGCACAAACGGGAAGCCCAUCUCCACGGAUGUCAUCAUGCUGGGCCGCACCAACCUGCUCAUCGACAGCGCGCAGCCCCGGCACUCCGGCGUUUACGUCUGCCGCGCCAACAAGCCUCGCACGCGCGACUUCGCCACCGCGGCGGCCGAGCUCCGUGUGCUGGCGGCUCCUGCCAUCUCGCAGGCGCCAGAGGCGCUGUCGCGGACGCGCGCAAGCACCGCGCGUUUCGUGUGCCGCGCGUCUGGGGAGCCGCGGCCCGCGCUGCGCUGGCUGCACGACGGGGCGCCUCUGCGUCCCAACGGGCGUGUCAAGGUCCAGGGUGGUGGUGGCAGCCUGGUCAUCACGCAGAUCGGCCUGCAGGACGCCGGCUACUACCAGUGCGUGGCCGAGAACAGCGCGGGAACAGCGUGUGCCGCCGCGCCGCUGGCGGUAGUGGUGCGCGAGGGGCUGCCCAGCGCCCCCACGCGGGUCACAGCCAGGCCACUGAGCAGCUCCUCUGUGUUGGUGGCCUGGCAGCGGCCCGACCUGCACAGUGAGCAGAUCAUCGGCUUCUCCCUCCACUAUCAGAAGGCACGAGGCAUGGACAAUGUGGAAUACCAGUUUGCAGUGAACAAUGACACCACCGAGCUGCAGGUUCGGGACCUGGAGCCCAACACGGAUUAUGAGUUCUACGUGGUGGCCUACUCCCAGCUGGGGGCCAGCCGUACCUCCACCCCAGCACUGGUCCACACGCUCGAUGAUGUCCCCAGUGCAGCGCCCCAGCUCUCCCUGUCCAGCCCCAACCCCUUGGACAUCAGGGUGGCGUGGCUGCCCCUGCCCCCCAGCCUGAGCAAUGGGCAGGUGGUGAAGUACAAGAUAGAAUACAGUUUGGGAAAGGAAGAUCAGAUUUUCUCCACUGAGGUGCCAGGGAAUGAGACACAGCUUACGCUGAACUUGCUUCAGCCAAACAAAGUGUAUCGAGUGCGGAUUUCGGCUGGCACAGGGGCAGGCUUCGGGGCCCCCUCCCAGUGGAUGCAGCACAGGACACCCAGUGUGCACAACCAGAGCCACGUCCCUUUUGCCCCCACAGAGCUGAAGGUGCAGGCAAGGAUGGAGUCUCUGGUUGUGUCAUGGCAGCCGCCUCCUCACCCUGCCCAGAUCUCUGGCUACAAACUCUACUGGCGGGAGGUGGGGGCUGAGGAGGAGGCCAACAGUGAUCGCCCCCCAGGGGGCCGUGGAGACCAGGCUUGGGAUGCGGGCCCCAUCCGGCUCAAGAAGAAAGUGAAGCAGUAUGAGCUGACCCAGCUAGUCCCUGGCCGACUGUACGAGGUGAAGCUUGUAGCAUUCAACAAACAUGAGGAUGGCUACGCAGCAGUGUGGAAGGGCAAGACAGAGAAGGCGUCCGUGCCAGACCUGCCCAUCCCGAGGGGACCACCCUUGCCCCCAGCCCAUGUCCAUGCAGAAUCAAACAGCUCCACGUCCAUCUGGCUUCGGUGGAAAAAGCCAGACUUCACCACAGUCAAGAUUGUCAACUACACUGUGCGCUUCAGUCCCUGGGGGCUCAGGAAUGCCUCCCUGGUCACCUACUACACCAGUAGUUCAGGGGAAGACAUCCUCAUUGGCGGGCUGAAGCCAUUCACCAAAUACGAGUUUGCUGUGCAGUCCCACGGCGUGGAUGUGGACGGGCCUUUCGGCUCUGUGGUGGAGCGCUCUACCCUGCCUGACCGACCCUCCACACCCCCAUCUGACCUGCGCCUGAGCCCCUUGACACCGUCCACUGUUCGGCUGCACUGGUGCCCCCCCACAGAGCCCAAUGGCGAGAUAGUGGAGUAUCUGAUCCUCUACAGCAACAACCACACCCAGCCCGAGCACCAGUGGACCCUGCUCACUACAGAGGGAAACAUCUUCAGUGCUGAGGUUCACGGCCUGGAGAGUGACACGAGGUACUUCUUCAAGAUGGGGGCACGCACAGAGGUGGGGCCUGGACCCUUCUCUCACCUGCAGGAUGUGAUCACUCUUCAGGAGAAGCUCUCAGACUCCUUGGACAUGCACUCAGUCACGGGCAUCAUCGUGGGUGUCUGCCUCGGUCUUCUCUGCCUCCUGGCUUGCAUGUGCGCUGGCCUGCGCCGCAGCUCCCACAGGGAAGCCCUCCCAGGACUAUCCUCUACUGCUACCACUGGAAAUCCCACGCUGUACUCCAGAGCCCGGCUUGGCCCUCCCAGCCCCCCAGCUGCCCAUGAACUGGAGUCCCUUGUGCACCCCCACCCCCAGGACUGGUCCCCUCCACCCUCAGACAUGGAGGACAGGGCUGAAGUGCACAGCCUUAUUGGUGGCAGUGUUUGCGAUGGCAGAGGUCACGCUAAAAGAAAGAUCUCCUGGGCUCAGCCACUUGGGCCAAGCUGGGCAGGCACCUGGGCAGGCUGUGAGCUGCCCCACGUAGGUCCCAGGCCUGCUCUGACCCGGGCCCUGUUGCCCCCUGCUGGAACUGGGCAGACGCUGUUGCUGCAGGCUCUAGUGUAUGACGCCAUAAAGGGUAAUGGGAGGAAAAAGUCACCCCCAGCCUGCAGGAACCAGGUGGAGGCUGAAGUCAUUGUCCACUCUGACUUCAGUGCAUCCAAAGGGAACCCUGACCUCCAUCUCCAAGACCUGGAACCUGAGGAUCCCCUGCCUUCGGAGGCUCCUGAUCUCAUCUCAGGUGUAGGGGAUCCAGGGCAGGGGACAGACUGGCUGGACAGGGAGCUGGGAGGGUGUGAACAGGUGGCCACUGUGCCAGACAGACUGACCUGCCUGCCAGAGGCAGCCAGUGCUUCCUGCUCCUACCCAGACCAGCCUCAUGAGGCUCUGGAGGAGGUCCCUGGAAACAGCUGUCAGCCUAAAGCCCACUCCCCUCUAGGAGCCAGCCCAGGCCUGCCCUCGUCCUCUGCUUAGCUCCCAUAGAGGGUGCAGUUUGGGAUAGGCUGGUGUGGAUCCCAGGACAUGACAUGUGUGGUCACACAUGUACACAUGUGUCCCUGCAGAUACAUCAUCAAGCCCUUGGGAGCCUCCUAGGGUGCUUUGGCCGAGGACAGAGGAAGAGAUGGAUUAUUCACUCCCUCUAUGCUCUUUGUAACACAUAUGUGAUAUGUGAAGACAUAUGAGACACGGCUACAUGUGAUGUACUCACAUGUGAAGCACAUAUGUGCAUACUGGUUUGUGAGCUGGGAAACGUCGGCCCAGGCAGUGGGCACUACGGCCUAAUUGAUCCUCCAGGUCAGGACAGUGCCCCAGAGUGGUCAUUCCCCAGCCCUGUGGGCCCCCACCUCUAUCACCCACUUUUAUUACACACUCUGAGAGUGUCUCCAAUGCCUGUCUGACAGACAGCCCCAGCCCAUGUUCCUGUCGGGCUGGGUCAAGUGCAACUAGGCCCAAGAUGCCUGGUAUUUUAGCUGCAUCACCUCCUUCUCCCCAUUGUCCAGAUUGAGAGAGUGAGCCUGGCUCUCCUCAGAGCAACUCUGCAUUUUCAUUUUGUCAUUUAGGAAGUUCCCUCUCCCCUCUGUCCUUUCCCUCCACUGCUCCGGUGGCCUAUUUCCCAGCCAACUUGUCUCUUGCUCUAGGGCCUCCUUCCUCCCUGAUAUUCUUUUCUGUCCUCUCUCCUGGUUCCCCUUCACUACUGUCUCCCAUGCCUCUCCCCGACUGUGCCAUCUGGUUCUCCUGCCUGGGUUCAAUCUGCAACCCUUCCCUAGCAACAUGACUACCUCAUGCAUGCUUCAAGGCUAUUGUGGCACUCCUGUGUCCACCACUGUUCACUUUGGCUGUCACCACCUGUCCCCUUUCUCUCAGUGCCCCCACUUGCCUCCUCCCCAGGCAGACUGCCCUACCCCUAGUGCAGGUUUAGAGAAGACCUUCUGGCUUCCCUGCAUCCGUCUCCUUGGGAUCAGGGUAGGAGGGUUCUCUUUGGAGGUGAUGAAUCUAAGUCCCAUAGGAUAAUUUUUGAAACAGAGAAGAGAGAUUGUGACCCAGAGUCUCAGAAUAAAAUGAUCCCCUCUCUUCUAUGCAGAGAGGCAGGUUUGCUGGGUGGCGAUGAUUGCACACCUUUCUUCCCAGCAGAAAGUGAAGGGGGAGAAAGGAGGUGGGAGUUAGCCUUGAGCUUGAUCUGGGAUGGGGUUGUGAAGCGUUCCAUUUUCUGGGCUGCUAGAAGGGGGCAUCUUUGCCCAGAAAAAGGGCGGUUGGUUUAUCUCAUUUUGUUUUUUCUUGAAAUGGGAUCCUGAAGUCAUUUCCUGUUGACUGUCCAGGUUGGAUGCUCUUUCCUGUGUAGUGAAAGCAAUGUCAUUUAUUUGAUUUUUCACCUUAGCCCUCUCAUAGCGCACAGAAUGCAGGGGCCUUUGCUCCCUAAUUGCAUCUUUUUAACCGAUCGGCACAGCCAGAGUUAAUUCUGGCUUCUGGGCCAGAUUAGAAAUAACCAGUCCAUCGUUCCUUUUAUUUUUGUCAUUUAAAUGGUGAAAUGUCUCUCAGCAGAGUUGCAGCUCCCUGAAACCCUGAAAGCAUCUGUGUUUAUUACACUCGGGUGUCACUCACGUUUGACAUCCGCACCUACAUUUCCACCUCCUCCCCCUCCUUCAGCCAGCCUGUGAUAACACUAAAGAUUAUUAAUGUUGGUUUUGAAUCUCGUUAAAGACAGAAUUGUCAACUUGUACUAUUUCUGUAGCAUUCAGUGUUGCUGUGGCUAACACCACUGUGUAUGUUUCAUCAUGGUUCUGAAGGUCAAAAGCCUCAUUUUAUUUUGCUGGUUUUAUUUUAUUAUUAUUAUUUUUUUUUUUUUAAGAAAAAGCUGCCCUGAAUUAAAUGGCUGUUUUAACAGUAGGCUCUUAGCAUUACACCACAUAGUCAUUUUUCAUGUUCUUGUUUAACAGGCACUGAGGUUCUGGUUUAAAUUAAAUAGCUGCAAAUGAGACAAUUUAUAACCCAUUAGGUUGGGUGGAAAAUUGUUUCUCAAAAGCAAAUAAGUAAUAAAUCUGGUAUCUGCCUAUAACUCACAGUUGAUAAGAAAGUGGCCAUUACUCACUAGCAUUAUAUAUGAUUUGGGCUCCAGGUAAUUUGGAAGUGUUAGGUUUGUGUCUUUGUAGCAGUAUUUUUUUUUAGAAAAGAGUCUAUUGGCCUUUUACAGGGUAUUAAUCCUUUUGUCACCUACCAUUGAUGCCUUAAGUUUUUUGAGUCUCUUUUUAAAAAAAUCUUCCUCUUCUUGAUGCAUGACAAGUGUAAUCAAUACUUGCUCACUUAUUUGUCUGUAUUUAGUUUAUGCUGUACUAUUUAAUUUUUCCAGCAUUUUUUCCUUAUAAAUAUGAUAUUCUUUAGUGUUAAGCUAAGGCAUUGAUCAUGUAUCUGUCCCUAUAAUGCAUUAAUAAACUAUUUUCC